AUUUUUAUAAACUAGGGUCCUUUUUAACAAAUAAUAAAAUGUUGCAUUUACUUGGUGUCAAUUUACCUGAUAGAAAGAUUGUUAGCACAGCACUUCAAUAUUUCUAUGGUAUUGGAGAACCCACCGCCAUUAAAUUAUGUCAAAAGUUAGCCAUCCCCGAAACAACAAAGGUCGUUGAAUUAAGUGAAGCUCAAGUCAAUGAAUUAACAAACACCUUGGCCAACAUGACCAUUGAAACUGAUUUAAAGAGACAAGUGAGAGAACAAGUCAUGCAUCAUCGUAAUAUCAACAAUUAUGUCGGAAGAAGACAUGCCAUGAGUUUACCUGUUCGUGGACAAAGAACUAGAAAUAACGCAAAGAACGCAAAGAAAUUGAACGGAAGAUGGGUUCAACGUAGAGGAAUGUCAAUGUGGACACAAAUGCAACAAGGUCCUUUGAACAACUUUUUAGAAAAGUUCAACAUGUAGUAAUAAUAAUAAAAGAAAAAAAUG